AUGGACGGCGCAGCAGCCGCAGCGACAGCAGGGCCGGCGGCGCCGGCGCCCGCGCCCGUGCCCGCGCCGCCUGCUGUGGCGCACGUGUACCUGAUGGAUGCGGGGGUGGACCUGUCCCAGGAGGACCUGACCCACCUCGCGUUCGACGACGCGACGCAGCAGCUGCUGGCCGUCAAGGGCGGCCACGUGUUUGCGUACGCAUGCGAGGGCGGCGCGCUGAGGUGGAUGUACCCGCUGCAGGAUGGUCCCCCCGUUCUGUCGCUGCGGCCGUCGCUGGACAACCGCAUGCUGGCGGUGCAGCGCGCCCCCUGCCUGCUGGAGCUGGUGGACCUUGCCACAGGCAACUGCUUCGUCGCCAGCACGCACAAGGGCCGCGACCGUAUCCUGGGCUUCUUCUUCACGGACGCCCCCGGCGCCGACGUGGUCGUGGUCACCGACCGCGGGGUGGAGCUCAACACCUUCGCCGCAAAGCGCCAGGGCCUGAAGCUGCAGCAGCGCGUCCGCCGCCGCAGCGAGUGGUGCCUAUACACGCACGAAACCCGAAUGCUCAUCGUGGGCGGCGGCGGCGGCGGCGCCGGCGCGCCGCCGGGCGGCCCUGCGGCACAGAACGGCGGCGGCGCGCCGGUGCUGUCCAGCUGGCAGUUCACGACUGCGGGCAUCGUCCACCUGCCGGUGUUCGAGCUGCACGGGCCCCUGCCGGCGUCCGCGGCUGCGCGCGAGUUCCUGGGCUCGCAGCCCGACGCGGGGCCGGGGGGCGCGGCGGGGGCUGCGCGGGGGCAAGCUUUGGGGCAGCAGCGGCAGCAGCAGCAGCAGCAGCCGCAGCGGCUGCUGUGGGCUGAGGUGACGCCAGUCGCGCCGCCAGCAAUUGGGUCAAUGGUGCCGCCGCCGCCGCACGCGCAGCCGGCGGCGCAGCAGCCGGGCGCGCCCACGCUGCGCGCCGGCUGCGGUGUGUGCGGCGCAUGCGGCGCGUCGGAGGCUGCACGGCGCGCGGCGGGCGUGUGGCUGCUGCGGAUGUACGGCCGGGUGUACCUGGCGCACGUUGCGCGGCGCGGCGGCGGCGGUGCGCCUGAUGGUGGCGGCGGUUCUGGUGCAGGGGCCCGGCUGGAGCUGUACCGCUUUUAUUCGGACACCCUGCUGCUGGAGCGGCUGUACGAUCUCGUGAACCCGCAGGUGGACCUGUCUGUUGUUGACAACGUCCUCGUCAUGCACUACCCCUCAGCCGCCGUCGCCGUCCUGGCUGACGUCGCCCCCCCCGGCCGCCAGCCGCUGACUGGCCCGCUGCCGCUGCGGCGCCUCUCGCGCGCGCCCGGCCCCGCCUCUGCCACGGGGGAGCCCAGCGGCGGCGGCCGCCUGUCCCGCGCGGGCAGCGGCGCGGGCGGGGCUGCGCCGCCCCCUGUGUACGAGUCGUCCGAGGCUCUGCACACGCCGGGGUGGCGGCUGGUCAUGCCGAAUCUGGUGCUGGAUACGAGCGGGCACCGCCUGCACAGACUGAAUCUCGAUCUCGCCGCGAUCUCGGACUCCGUCUCGGACUGGCCCGCCCUCGUCGGCUUCCUGCAGCGCCGCCGCCCCUCGCCCGCCGCGGCGGCGGCCGCGGCCGCUUCAGGGCCCGCAACCCCAGGGCCUGCUGCGGGCGGGGCUGUGGGGGCGGCGGCGGCGGCGGACCCGCGGUCGCUGCUGCUGGGGGUGUGCCGCGCCGCGCUGCAGGAGCCGCUGGAGCAGGGGGCGCUGUGCGCCAUAUUCCAGCAGCUCAUGCAGUCGUACGCAGACGCCCUCGCGCGCUCCGGCGCCGCGCCCGCCGCCCCGCCCCCCGGCCAGCCCCCGCCGCCGCGCGGGGCCGGCUCCCAGCCGCCGCCCCCGCACCAGCAG